ACGGCCCGUGCCCCUCCCGCCCCCGCCCCGCUGGCGGACCGUGCCGUUCGGCGGGCGGGGGGAUAGAGGAGGGAUGCGCCUGCGCAGAGGCGAGGCGGGGCGGGGGAGGCGCGAGAGAAGGGGGCGCCGAGCAGUUGGGUGCAGAGGAAACUGCUAGAGAGGACCAGAGGUAUUAAAGGAGGUGUGAGGUAUUAAAAGAGUACAUCCCGUCUCUUGAAAGAGCCCAUUAAUUUCUUUUAAAGUAGUGACUUAAAGAAUUGGUGUCACCUAAUUAUUUUCAAAGAAUAAAGCAGUCAGAAGUACCACUUAAACUCAAAAAGUAGAACAGAAUGCCUCUCUUUGGUAACACUUUUAGUCCAAAGAAAACACCACCCAGAAAAUCAGCUUCUCUCUCCAACUUGCACUUGCUGGAUAGAUCAACCCGUGAGAUUGAGCUGGGCCUGGAGUAUGGCAUCCCCAGCAUGAACCUUGCUGGCCAGAGCCUGAAGUUUGAAAAUGGCCAGUGGGUAGCAGAGUCAGGAAGCUUCACUGGGGAUCGCAGGGAAAUGCAGCGCUUGUGCAAACGAAACCAGCAGUUAGAAGAAGAAAACAACCUCCUUCGACUGAAAGUGGAAAUUCUGCUGGACAUGCUCUCUGAGACCACAGCUGAGUCCCACCUGAUGGAGAAAGAGCUGGAGGAACUGAAGAAUCACAGCCGGAGGAGGAAGUGAGUUGCUGGGAGAAGAACAUAUGGCUAGAGGAUGAGAGAACAAGGAAGCUGACUUUGCAUCUUUGUUGCCCCUGUAUGCAGGAUUCCUUGGACAACUCAGUUGUGUUGGUACUAUAUAUAAUAUAUAGUUGUACUAUAUGUAGUUGUGUUGGUACUAUAUAUGUGUAUAUAGAAAGAGUUGGUACUAUAAAUAUAUAGUUACUUUGUUCCACAGGAAAAUGAAUAACAUAGAUACCUACAGUAUCGUGUGGUAUUGCACCUACUACAGGACCGAUGUUUCAACAACGCAGUAAAUUAUGCCACGACACUAUUAAUGAGCACUCAUAUUUUUCUCAGAGCAGUUUACUGUGUACCUUACUACAUUUUUUCAGCAGUCUAAUUGUAGGUACUGUAUUUUCUAAGAAGAACCUGACAAAACACUCCCUUCCCUGUGAACAGUGGGAUAUACGUGAACAGAUGACAGAGCAGAUUCACACUUAAGUGAUUGCAGUUAGUGACUUGGAGUUGCAACUCCUGUGUGAAAGACCCAUGCUAUCACCCUCAGUCCCAGAAGGUCUGGAUUGAUUGCUUCCUGGCUUCUGCGUUUUAAAAUACAGUAAACUCUCCCCCCUACCCCAAAGGACAAUCUUUCUUUCUUGAUAUUUUUGUGUGUUUUGGUACAAACUGUUGGUUUUGCUUCUUGCCUUUGGCAAGCGGGAUUCUGAAAUUGCCUGUUCUCGAGGGUAUUUGAUACUUUAUGUAAAAAAGUUACGUUAAAAAAUACGGGUGUUUUACUACGCUGC